AUUCUAUCAACUCCGCCGCUUUCAGCUCGACAGAUAGUGUUCAAAGCACCCAAUCAGACAUUUCUUUUGUUAUAACUCGCGUGCCAAUCAAAACGAUAUUCUUUCCAACAGCAUACCCUAGCCUCUCCCCCAUCAGGACCAAUACCAUCCAAUCACACGCGUGAACAGCGCCUCCUUACCACUCAUCACUCACGACAAGCAACGACAAUGGCGUUAGAAAUAGCAUGUUUCAACGCCUCCUCCGCCAUCGCAGCAGUAAAAGCCGGAGCAAACCGGAUCGAACUAUGCGCCGACUAUGCAGCAGGCGGCGUCACACCUUCCCUCUCCACGUUACAAGCUAUCUGCGCUGCCGUGCCAGAUCUGCAACAGCCAACACCCCGAGACGGGUUCGGGAUAACGAUCAAUGUCAUGAUCCGCCCUCGCGGCGGAGAAUUCAGCUACACUCCUGCAGAGUUCGACCAGAUGAAGAAGGAUAUCGAGAUGUUCAAGGAGAGUAAGCGUGUGGAUGGGUUUGUCUUUGGAAUCCUCUGUGAGAACAAGAUGCUGGAUGAGAAGAGGAAUAGAGAGCUAGUUGAGGCGGCGAAGCCACUGCCGUGUACAUUCCACCGCGCUAUCGAUGAAGUGGAGGAUCUAGACGUCGCAGUCGAGACGAUCAUCGAUUGUGGGUUCAAGAGCAUCUUGACGAGUGGAGGCGCGAAUACUGCGAGUGAAGGCAUGCACGUAGUUAGAUAUUUACAGGAAAAGUAUCAUGGCAAGCUCGAUGUGAUCAUAGGUGGUGGAAUCAGAAGUACGAAUGUGCUGAAGUUGAAAGGGGAGACUGGGGUGAAGUGGUUGCACUCUGCUGCUCUCACGGGGGACGGUGAAGAGGUAGAUGAGGAAGAGGUCAGGAGGAUGUUGAUAUUGCUGCAAUAUAACUGAAGAACAUUGUACCGAGGAAGGUGCCCAAAAGGCUCGAGGUCAUACCACUACGUCCAAACAC